AUGAGCAACAGAGAUGGAUGUGGAGCUGCUGUGACGGGCUCAUUUUUGCUACGUGGUGUUCCGCUCUUCUAUUGGACGUAUCGAAACGACUCAAAGAAUUGCGUCGAAGAAUAUGGCUUCGGCAAGCGCUUUGAUGGUGGUAACAUUUUUCCAACACUUGAGCGAUACAUUUACACUCCUAUUGGGACGAAGGUGUGUUCAGUCUCGUCUGGAGGUGCUGCUGCUUUGAUUGAUCAGUUGUUGGUUUUUGUAAGAGUAUUGUUGAACGGGAUCGCAAUGUUAAUUUGGCUGAUCGUUUGCCAGUCUUUGAUUUUUGGUGCUCCAAUUCAAGCACUACACAUCGAGCAGACGACUUCUUACUAUUCGCUUCAUUUGGGAAGUAACGAAAAUGGAGACGAUUCCGCGAGCAUAGUGAAUUGCGCAUUAUUACCAGACGGCUGGUUAUUACCACAUGGACGUUGCAAACGUUUCUUCACUCGUUGUUCGCAUGGACAGCCCAAGCGAACAGACUGCUAUAUGCUGAUAGGAGCUGCGAGUCCGUUCAGCGCAGUUGAUCCUCACAGUUUGGUGUUCAACGAACGCACUAAACGAUGCACUGUGCUGGAACAGUGUGCAGCAAUAGGAGAAAGUGAUCGAGGCUUUCGUGAAGGAAUACCAGUGAGAUAUGGGCAUCAAAAACCUCAGGCUCCAGCGUCAAUCACCAGUGAAAACGUGGUUCCUCUCCCGACAAAGUGUAUGCCUGGACUGAGCUAUGCAAUUGCUUCAUGUAGUGGCACAUACAAGCGAUGCAACCAACAAGGACUACUGCAAUCAGUGUCUUGCCCGCCAGGCUUCCUCUUCCAUCCAACCGUCAGAGCUUGUCUUCUUGAAAAUGCUGCCUGUCAUCAAUCCUCAACAACACAGUCAUUGCGUAUGCUCGAAGAUGUGGAACGUGACUUGGAUGAAUCGAUAAGUGAAAGAAAACCGGCUGCAGAAAUGGAUGAAGACGAGCCUAAAAGCGCUCCAUCUAAGCGCAUCGGCAUAUUCGAAAGUUCUGCUCCGUUCAAAAGGGUGGCGCCAUUCGACAGGAAACCUCCGUUCGCAAAGCGAGAAAAAACUGAAAACGUUGAUCGGAACGAUGAAACUAUCGUUGGAGCAAUGAAUGAAGUAAAGUCGGACCGUGAAUCAGCGGAAUAUGAUGAAUUCAGGUAA